AUGGAGCCUGGCGGGGACCACCGGAGUCGGAGCGGCGGCGGCGGCGGCGGCAGGGGCGGCCCCGGGCCAGCAGCGGCCUCGGCACGGGGCCGACGGCUGCCGCCCGCCGGAUCGAGCGGCAGCGCGGAACCCGAGGAGGACGACAGCGGGCAAGAUCUUCAGCUGGAAGGGGGUGCCUUAGGGUCCUGGGGGAGUGCCCCCCUGCCCUCCUCCAGGGCCAGGGGACCAGCAUCUUCAGGCAGGAAAUACUCAGACCACUGUGAGGCCCGGGCCUCGAGGCCUGGCAAAAGCCGCAUUCCUGGCCGUGACCAUCGUCGUUACUACCAUGACCACUGGCGGCUGGAGUACCUGAUGGACUUCAACCCUGCUCGGCACGGCAUGGUCUGCAUGGUGUGCGGCAGCUCCCUGGCCACUCUCAAGCUCAGCACCAUCAAGCGACACAUCCGCCAAAAGCACCCUUACUCCCUGCACUGGAGUCCCCGGGAGAAAGAAGUCAUCAGCAACAGCUGGGAUGCCCAUUUGGGGCUGGGGGCCUGCGGAGAGGCCGAGGGGCUGGGGGCCCAGGGGCCUGAGGAGGAGGAGGAGGACGACGAGGAAGAGGAGGAAGAAGGGGCUGGCCUCCAGACUAGCCUGCCCAAGGGCCCAGGCAAAGCCCCAGCUGGCGGGGGCGGCCGGCGCCAGAGGCGAGGGGGCCCAGGGGCACCCGGGGCUCCGCGUCGGUGCCUCUCUGCCUCCCGGAGGGCUGGGGGCAGCAGGGGGCUGGGUGCCCGGCGGCUGGAGCGGAGGCUGAAGGAGUCCCUGCAGAACUGGUUCCGGGCAGAGUGUCUCAUGGACUAUGACCCGCGGGGGAACCGGCUGGUGUGCAUGGCCUGUGGCCGGGCACUGCCCAGCUUGCAGCUGGAUGACAUCCGUGCCCACGUGCUGGAGGUGCACCCUAGCUGCCUGGGGCUCCGCGGCCCCCAGCGUAGGGCCCCCCAGCCUAGUGCCCUGCUGCAGGCCUGGGGUGGCCAGCCGGAGGCGCUGUCUGAGCUCACCCAGUCCCCACCAGACGAUGACCUCGUCCCCCAGGACCUGACCAGCAAGAGCCGGGACCCGGCCCCCGCUGCUGGAGCCCCUUCCUCUCAGGACCUCAGCCCCCCAGACGGAAAGGAAGAGGCUGGCUGGGUCCCUGAGAGGGUGCCCAGGCCGGCAGGGGAGGAGGAGCCGGAGGAGGGCGAGAGGGUGGGGGUCCCCGGCCGGCCUGCGCGGGGCCGCGACCCCCGCCGCCACUGCCCGGAGCGCUGGCGGCUGGAGUACCUCCUGGAACUGGACGGCGGCCGGCGCGGCCUGGUGUGCCUGGCGUGCGGGGGCGCGCUGGCUUCGCUCAAGAUGAGCACCAUCAAGCGGCACAUCCGCCGGCGCCACCCGGGCUCCGCGCGCCUCGGCGGGCCAGUCGGGGCCCUCAUCGCCCAGGAGUGGAGCGAGAAGGCCGCCCACCUGCUGGCCCUGGGGCUGCCCUGCCCCGAAUCGCCCGGGGACCCCGCCGCCCCCAGCACAGCCGCAGCCUCCGAGGAGGGGGGAGGGGCAGAGGAGGAGCAGCCAGAGGAGGAGUGGUGGGGCGACGUCCCGCUCUCCCCUGGGGAACCGUCGGAGCGGCAGGCGGAGGAAGAGGAGGACGACGAGGACGGCCCGGAUCCCGGGGCGCUCGCCUUCCCUCCGCCGCCGCCGCCGCCCCCACCUCCCCCGCCCCGCAGCCGAGAGCAGCGGCGGAACUACCAGCCGCGCUGGCGGGGCGAGUACCUGAUGGACUACGACGGCAGCCGGCGCGGCCUGGUCUGCAUGGUGUGCGGGGGCGCGCUGGCCACGCUCAAGGUCAGCACCAUCAAGCGGCACAUCCUGCAGGUGCACCCCUUCUCCAUGGACUUCACGCCCGAGGAGCGUCAGACCAUCCUGGAGGCCUACGAGGAGGCGGCGCUGCGCUGCUACGGUCACGAGGGCUUCGGGCCGCCCGCCCCGGCGGCGCCGCGCGAUGGCGGCGCGGACCUCAAGGCGGGCGCCGUGUGUCGGGCGUAG